AUUUAUUUAUAUUUGUUUCACAUGAUUCAUUUGAUUUGUUUUCAAAAUUCAAAAUAUACUAUUAAUAUAUUACAUAUUUAAGUGUUGUUUGAGAUUUAUUCUUCUGGUUUAUUUUGACACAAUAAUCAAGUUUUAAAUUACUUGACCUCGUCAAAAUUUUUCAAAAGAUGAAAAGUCAAGAAAGAUAGAAAGAAAAAUAAAGAAAGCUGCCCACGGAUUUAGAUAAAAUAUGUUUCUUAUUUCUUAACCAAGUUACUUGAUAAUUAAACGUACCUUCAAUAUUUUCUAUUUAUUUGGGGCAAGUAGCUUUAAGACUUUACAAUGUCUAAUUAGAAAUAAGGCUUUAUCACCAGAAAUGUUUCAUAAUUUCACUAGUUAUUGUAUUUAUUGACAAAAUAAAUAUGUUAUUUACCAUAUAAUUUAUGUUGUUAUAUACAUGUUAUUUGUUUUAUUAGAUUUCUUACUGUAUUAAGCAGCUCAACGCAAGACGAAAUAUAAAACAUAUCUUUAUUUUGCAAAAAAGAUUCUUAAAUGGUAAAUACUUAAAACUAAUUAUAAGUAUUUCAAGUUGGACCAUUAUCAAUACAGUCAGCCCACAGGAAUACAGUCCAUGGGUUUUAAAUAUCAAUUUUAAGAGAAUGGACUGCUGUAUUUCUAUGUCGUCCCGCUAUAUAUACGUAUUGAUUCUCCCAUUUCUCACACAACAUAAUAAAAAAAAAAGAAGAUAUACAAAAAGUUGAUAGUAGGAUACAAGUUCGCUUUUGAUCACUGUCCUCAAAAAGAGAGAAAAAGGACCAGCUGAAAUGGGGCGUUGGGUGAGACCUGAGGUGUACCCUCUUCUCGGAGCAAUGGGAUUUGUAACAUCUAUGGUUGUGUUUCAACUCACAAGGAAUGCAUUAUUAAACCCUGAUUGCAGGUCUUCAAAAGAAGAAGAUGACAGCGAACUCAAGACGGUGCUUGAAUGCGUCAGUGUAGCUUUCACGACAUGGUCGGACAGCAGAGAAAUAGUCACCUUAAAUUGUGACGUUGACAUCCAAUCCGCACCUCGGAAACUCGUCGAAACGAAUCCCGCUGCAUCUUCAGGUCCCGAACGGACCGCUUCACAAGAUAGCAAGACGGUUAUAGAUAUGGACAUACACCUCCACAAGAUUGGAGGGAAAGCACUCCUUAAAAAGGAAGCAAAGGAUGAACAUGAUGGUCCCGGUGAACCCACCGGUAAAUGGAAAGAAAGGCUACUCUUCGAACAAGAAAGAUGAAACUUUGUGUGUAAAUAUGUCUCUGUAAAAACGCUACUGAACCCACCAAACAUUUUUAGAAGAUUAGUCAAGGAGACCAAUCCACCCCACAUCAAAGUGGGCUGUGAAACUGCUAGGAAGAGAUGAGAGCCUUGGAACUUUAUUGGGCUUGUCAAUCUCAUUGCAAAAUGAAAGCAUCCCAUCUCAUGAAUCAAGUAUUAAAAAACUAUUAACCCACAUUAACCCACAUUAUUUAAUACUUGAUUC